AUGAGCAAGAUAUUCAGUCGGUUAAGGUCCACUAAAGUGCUCGUAUUCCCAGGACAGGGUCGAUUUGAUGUCAGUUCGCUGUCCACUUUAUCAAAGUACCAAAAUGCGCCUGUGGUACGAACGCUCUUAGCAGAAACUGACAGAACACUGCCGUCAUUGCGACUGUCAGAGUUUAUCACUGAUCCCGCUACCGCCUUGGCGAAGAAAAACGUUCAAUUGACGUCUAUCCAACAACCACUACUGAUACUAACAUCGUACAUCACUUACCAUCUUAUCAGAGCCGUGAAAAAUGAUAAUAUUCUCAACAACACCGAUUUCCUGCUGGGUCACUCUGUGGGUGAGAUAUGUGCCUUGGUUGCGCAAGACUCAAUCCCCUUUGCGGCCGGACUCGAAUUGGCAUACAAAAGGGGUGUGUUAAUGGAAAAGUUAGUGGAGAAAUCAGGGAAGGCCUAUUCAAUGCAAGCACUGUUAUUUCAACCAACUCACUAUAAAUACAUUACACAAAUUCUAGGAGAGAUGGAUGUACAAGUCAGCAACUACAACAACUAUCAACAGCUUGUUGUUAGUGGGGAAAACCAUGAGUUGAGUCAGAAGAUUGACCAGCUCAAGGCAAGGAUUGCUAAAGCAGGAGUCUGGAAAACACGAGUCCAUAGCAUCGAUCUCGGAGUCAGAAUUCCAUUCCACAACCCUGUACUGCAGCCCAUAGAGAGGGACUUGGAACAAUUGUUUGGAAAAACCCUUUAUAUGGCACAUUCUUUGGGCGUCCCGAUGGUGUCCAACUUAAAUGGUGAAAUGGUAGCAGAGGUGAAUACACAAGUCAAAAAUAUUGUCCAGGCGACCUCAAAACCGGUUCAGUUCCUUAAAUGUCUUGAAACGAUAAGUGCGUUGGAUGACGAAUCAUCCAGAAAUACUUCCAGGAUGCUCAAAAAUUGA